GGAGGUCGGUGCGUGACGUUGCCGGCGGGGCUGGGGGCCGCUGGGCGCCUGUUAUUGUUCUCGCCGCGCGCUCUGCCCGCCGCCGCCGCCGCCGCCGCCGCGGGACGCUGUGGGGCGCGGAAGGAGCGGGGCUGAGAGAGGGCCCAGGCGCGGGAGCGAGCGCGCCCCCGCGCAGAGCGGCGCGCGCAGGGCGGGAGGCGGCGGGCGGAGGUAGGGGGAGCGCGGCGCGCGCCCCGCCCGGCGGCCGUUAACCGUCUCGAACUCUCCGCAGCGCGAGCGGGGGCGGGGGGAGAGCGAGCGCGCGCGCGCGUCACCGAGGAGCCAGCGGGAGCCGGCGAGGCGGCGACUGGGCGGCCAUGGCCUACGCGUAUCUCUUCAAAUACAUCAUCAUCGGGGACACAGGUGUUGGGAAAUCAUGUUUAUUGUUACAGUUUACAGACAAGCGGUUUCAACCAGUUCAUGAUCUUACUAUUGGUGUAGAAUUUGGGGCUCGAAUGAUAACUAUUGAUGGAAAACAAAUAAAGCUUCAGAUAUGGGACACGGCAGGGCAGGAGUCCUUCCGUUCCAUCACAAGGUCUUACUACAGAGGGGCAGCAGGGGCUUUACUAGUUUAUGACAUUACAAGGAGGGACACUUUCAAUCACCUGACAACUUGGUUAGAAGAUGCUCGUCAGCAUUCCAAUUCCAACAUGGUCAUAAUGCUUAUUGGAAAUAAAAGCGAUUUAGAAUCUAGACGAGAAGUCAAGAAGGAAGAGGGUGAAGCAUUUGCACGAGAGCAUGGACUUAUUUUUAUGGAGACAUCUGCCAAAACUGCUUCUAAUGUAGAAGAGGCGUUUAUUAACACCGCAAAGGAGAUCUAUGAGAAAAUCCAGGAAGGAGUUUUUGACAUUAAUAAUGAGGCAAAUGGCAUAAAAAUUGGCCCUCAACACGCUGCAACUAAUGCAACACUUGCAGGCAAUCAGGGAGGACAACAAGCUGGUGGAGGCUGCUGUUGAGCCUAUUUUUACUUUCUAGCUGCCUGGAUGGGGCGUACUAACUUGUUCGUUCACCCUCCCCCCCAGCCCCCACCUGCCCCACUCGCCUCCACUUCAAUUCAGCUGAGACAUGAAACUUGUAAGUUGGUUUCCUGUUGCAGAAGAAGACUUUAUCCUUCAAAUUCUUGUAUAACUUUGAAUAAAUGGUUAAUGUUCACUUAAAGACAGAUUUUGAAGAUUGUAUUCAUAUCUAUUUACAUUUGAUUUCUAGGUCAAUUGAUGUGAUUAUUUUUGUUAAAUGUUGUCUUGUGCCCUUGACUACGAACUGAAUUGUAUUAAACACUACAAAGUCAUCUGAGUAUUUUAAUCAAUUUGUGUAGUUAGGUUUCCCAGCUCCUGUGGUUACCUAAUGUUUAAUAUUGUAGAGCUGUCCUGAAGUUUUUUGUCAAUUUUCAAGGCUAUGAAGAGAAGCAGAAGGACUCUUUUAAUUCUAUAUUUAUCACUUUCUGUAUAUAUAGUUUAAUAACCUGCUUGGGUGUACUUGCCAAGCUAGAAUUCUUUAAUGCAUUUGCAUAAAUUCUAUCCUACAUAGAGCUUGAAAACUACAGAAGCAUUAUUAGAAAUUGCUUGGACGUUAAAUUUUAAACCUUUUUGACAUUAUAAGCAUGUUCAUCCUCCCCUGUCAUUAUCCUGAAGUCCAAGAAAAUGCUUAAUGUAUAUUACUAGAGGCUACAUACAUGCUAUUUUAAUGCCAAAUGUUUGCUGUUUGUCCACAAUUUCCACAGCACCUCUUCAGAAAUGGAUUAGCUGUUUGCCUUAAUGAAUACUAGCAGUAAAAACAGAGUAUGAAUGAAAAACACAGGAGGAGUUGAUAAAUUUAAAAUGGCACAUUAUUAAAACUUUAAUGUUCUUUUCUUGUUUACCACUUCAUUUCUAGGUAUGUUUUUCAUGCAAGGGCAGUUUUUCAACCUAAUUGUACAGUGUUUGUGUAAAGUUUUCUUUUAGUGGCAACUUGUAAUCCUAAAUAUAUGGUAAGCAUCUUGUCUGUUGUGAAGAGGGUGUGAAAAUAAAACCUGCCAGUUUGAAAAUCUUGAUGAAAAUCAAAACUAGAAAUGCUUUGGUACUUAUUAUGGGAGAGCGGAGGGGUUGUUCUGCUUCAAAUGAAAUGGUUGCAACUGUAUAGAACAAAAUCCUGUGUUCAAGUGUUUAUUUGUUGAAGUACAGAAUACUCAUGCCACUUUUCCUACAAAGGGGGAAACAAAUGAGUUUCCACCUCUUCAUUUUUAUAUGAAUCACAGAUAAAAGGGUAACACUAAACCAAGGCCAUGCUUCAUGUAUCUCUAAAGAGGAAAAAAAAUGACUGCAAAACUUAUGUCUUAUUGGACCAAUACCGACUGCAACGCAAUGUUGGGGGACAUGGAUUAUCCAUUCCUAUUGUCAAAACUUUAACAUUGAAAGUGAAUAAACCUCAGUCUCAUGAGUGUAAAAUAGCAACGGUUCUGAGAUUAAAUAAAAGUUAAAAAAUG